AUGGGCGGGAUAGGCGGGAUAGGCGGAAUGCGCAUGUCGAAUCUGGGGAAAGCGCUAGGGUUGCGCGAGUUGGCGCGAGAAAAAGCAGAUGCGGGGAGCGAAGGGGGAAGCAGCGGUUCAGGUCACGCGCGACCAGCUGCGCCUUCCGCUCCGCCCGCGCACUUGCGCCCGCACCGCGGCUACCUCAAACAGAUGUCCAUGCCCGCGGGGAAAGCCACCACUGAUGCAGCCGCCGCCGCCGCCGCCGUAACUGCCGCAGCCGCAGCGCGCGGAGCAGAGGGGAUGAGCGGGGGAGCGGGCGGGGGAAAGGGUGGCGGAACGGGGGGAGAGAAAUUGCGGUGGGGGGAGUGGAUGGGGCGACCGCACCAUCAGGAAGGGAGAGGGGGAAGUAGGGGCGGGGGGGGGAUGGGCGGGGAUAACGUGGGAGGGGCGAGCACUCGUGUGGGAUGGCUGGACGCAUCUGGACGGUCGGAUUUCGCGAUUAUUGUGACGAGGACAAGUGGCGCGCUCUGGUUGGAGGAGAUGCACAGGCGUAGGGUGCAUCACGCGCUGUGCGGGUUUGGGCGGGAAAGGAAGAGCCUUGAGGCCUUUGCAAUGGCGCAGCAGCGGAAAGAGGACGGGGAAGGUAUAGUGGGGGAGGAAAACCAAGGGGAGACUGGGGGAGAGGGUGGAAAAGGGGGUGGAGCAGAGGGGGAAGACAAGGGAUUAGAGGGAAAGGAGACGAUUGAGAAAGGGUCGGCGAGUUCUGCUCGUGCUGCAGCUGCUGCGUUGGCGAUUCCACCUAAGCUAGUCCCUGGCGCGUUGAAGCGUGCUCCGUUAACCAGAAAGGUGAAACGGGGACUUGAAGGGGUGGGGGAUGGGGCAGUGUACAGUGGGGUUACUGUAGAAGGUGUGCUUAUAGGGGGUGUUAUGCAAGCGGGUAAUGCUGCCAGUGGCAGUGGUGGGGGUCGCACUGGUUUGGACGGGGAUUUGGGAAAAGGGGUUGGGGAAAGUAGGGGAGGCGGCGGAAGAGGGGACGAGAGUGGGGGAGUUGGCGGAGAGAGGGGAGAGGGGGGCGGAAGUAGAGAAGGGGGAGGUGGGGGCAGUGGGGAAGAGGAAGAGGAUCGGGAGGAACGAGGGUCGGAUUUUGCUCUAGAGGAGCAAGGAGAAGACGAGGAGGAGGAGGAGGAGGAAGAAGAAGAGAGCUUGAGAGGAGAUGAAGAAGCAGACGAGGACGAGGAGGGAGGAGCGUUGGCCAGACGGUCAGCAAGCAGUGGCAGCGCUAUCAUCCGAAGGAGAAGGUUACAGGAAGAAGUAAGGCAAGGAGGAGGGAGAGGCGCAGCAGCAGCCGCAGCAGCAGGAGGAACGGUGGGAGAAGCACGGGUGCAGCGGGGAAGCAGCGGGGGAGGAGCAGCCGUGCACGUGCCGCACUGGAGGAGAGCCAGCGGGGGAGGGGACGGGGAGAGAUGGCAGACAGCACGUUAUGAACCGAGCCCAACCGUUUCAAUCGACUGCACCAUGUCUUCCACUGCCUCGUCCCCCCUAGACCCCGCUCUCAUGCAAUCCCCGUACUACCCACACCAUAUCCUGCCGCACAACCUGCCGCCCCUGCACGUGCAGAACCGGCAGCACCGGCGGCAGCUGUCGAAUCAGUCGUUCCCUGUGGGGCUGCAGCCGCAGGGCCCUCGCUCCCCUCUCUUCUCCAUGCCUCGAGAUGCUGGGCUUCCCCCCGCUCCUGCUCCUGCUCCCGCUGCUGCUGCUGUUUCUGCUGCUGGUGGUAGCAACGACGGUGCAGGUGUGGGUGGUUUGGAGGUUCUAUCUGCUGGGCAGCAAGGAGAUGGAGAAGCAGCAAGAGCGGCAGCAGCAGCACUGGCAGAAUUAGAGGAGGCUGUGGAGCAGAGCGAAGAGAAGGGCGAUGAGAAAGACGAGGAGCAGAGUGCAGAGCAGAGCAUACAGCAAAGCUCAAGCGCAGGACGGAGGAGAGUGAUGGCUCGUUUCCCCAGGGCCAUGUCCACUCCUGCUGGGAUUGGCAGGUCGCCUUUAGGGGGUAGCAGCCCUCUGUCUGAUGUGGAUGAUGGAGAGGACGACAACAGGGUGCGUGGGGAGGAGAGUGCGGAGGAGAGUGGGGAGGAGGAAAGUGGGGAGGGAAGUGAGGAGGGGAGUGGGGCGGCGAGUGAGGGGGGAGGAGGGGGGAGUCCUCACAUGAUCACCUUUCCAUCCUCUGUCAUUCUCAAUCCAAUCAGAGAGGAGAGGGAGGUGCGCAGGUGGCGUGCUAUGAUUGGUCUAGGGCCCAUGGACUGGAACCUCUAUCAGAGGAAGCACCCCCGCGAGGUCAAGAAGCGGAUAAGACAAGGCGUGCCGGACUGCCUGCGUGGGAUCGUGUGGCAGCUUUUGUCUGGUAGCCGGGAGUUCUUGUUGAUGAAUGAAGGCGCGUAUGAGCACAUGUUACUGUACGAGCUGUCGAACAACGAGAUGGACAUCAUUCGAGACAUCAACCGCACCUUCCCCACGCACGUUUACUUCAUGCAAAAGCACGGCCCUGGGCAGAGGGCGCUGUUCAACGUGCUCAAGGCGUACAGUGUGUACGACAAGAAGAUUGGAUACGUGCAGGGCAUGGGUUUUAUUGCUGGUCUCAUGCUGCUGUACAUGGCGGAGGAGGACGCCUUCUGGCUGCUCGUGGCGCUCAUGAAGGGCGCCAACCACACGUCACUCGAAGGAAUCUUCCUCGUGGGUCUGCCGCUGGUCCAACAAUAUCUCUUCCAGUUCGAUCGCUUGCUGCACGAGUGCCUGCCGCAGCUCGCACGGCACAUGGAGGGGGAGGGGGUGACCCCCUCCAUGUACGCGUCUCAGUGGUUCAUCACCGUCUUCGCCUACAGCUUCCCCUUUGCCACCACACUCAGAAUAUGGGACGUCUUUCUGUUUGAGGGCAUGAAGACAGUGUUCCGGGUGGGACUGGCUCUGCUGAAGCAGCAACAGGACGAUCUGACACACUUCCCAUCGUCGUCUUCUCACCCGUCGAACUCCUUGGUACAACCAUGCCUCAUUCCCACCCCCCAACAGCUGCAGAUGCCCUUUGAGGACCUCGUGCCGGCCCUCAGGACGUACCCGGACCGCAUCCUGGAGCCAGACACACUGCUCAACGUCGCCUUCUCCUUCAAUGUACGCACUAGAGGGGUUGAGGGUUAG